AGGAGCAGGUGAAGUCCUUUCUGGAGAACAUGGAGGUGGAGUGCAACUACCAGUGCUACCGCGAGAAGGACCCGGACGGUUGCUAUCGGCUGGUAGACUAUCUGGAAGGGAUCCAGAAGAAUUUUGAUGAGGCUGCCAAGGUGCUGAAGUUCAACUGUGAAGAGAACAAACACAGUGAUAGCUGCUAUAAACUGGGGGCCUAUUAUGUGACUGGAAAAGGUGGACUGACCCAGGACCUGAAAGCUGCCUCCAGCUGCUUUCUGAUGGCAUGUGAGAAGCCCGGAAAGAAGUCUGUGGAGGCCUGCCACAAUGUUGGUCUCCUAGCACAUGAUGGACAGGUCAAUGAGGAUGGCCAGCCCGAUCUGGAGAGGGCCAGGGACUACUACACAAGGGCCUGCGACGGCAGCUAUGCCCCUAGCUGCUUCAACCUCAGUGCCAUGUUCCUGCAGGGUGCCCCCGGCUUCCCCAAGGACAUGGGCCUGGCAUGUAAAUACUCAAUGAAAGCCUGCGACCUGGGCCAUGUCUGGGCCUGUGCCAACGCCAGCCGCAUGUACAAGCUGGGGGAUGGUGUUGAUAAGGACGAAGCCAAGGCUGAGGAGCUGAAAAAUCGGGCCCGGCAGCUGCACAAAGAACAGCAGAAAAAUGUCCAGCCUUUAACAUUUGGGUAGUGUGGCCUGCCCUCCUGUGCAACAGGCAGCUUGAGGCUGGCAUCUCCUAUUUCUAAUGCAGCCCUUGAAGGUCAGCCUGCUGGAGCAGGAAGAUUUGGGACUUAGUAUCGGUAACUCUGGUUACAUAGACUCAUUGCCCCAGAGUGUUACCUACUGGGAUGUAGUCUGAAAUGUUUAUUUCAGUCAAUAUUCCUUUAUCUGGUCUGUUCUGUGAAGACGUCCACAUUUAUGGGAUUUUGGUUGUCAGAUCUCUUGCAGCUCUGAAAAACAGCAUACCAGUGAGCCAUGGAGACUGGGGUGGGGGGGGUAGGGAGGAGAGACAAUGAAGAGGAAGUUGAAAAAUUAGCAGCCCCAGGUCCUGAAGGAAUCAGACAUAAUCAUCAUCAUCAUUUUGAUUGGGAAGGCUUGAAAACAUAUCUUGGUUUACAUAAUAGAGGGUUUCAGUAGCUAAGAGCAGUUAAAUAGUCAUGACUGCCACCCUCUGACUUACGUAGUCAUUGAUAUGGGCUUCCUUUUUGCCUUUAGAGUCAGAUCUUCCAAUAAAUUCAGAGAUUGGGAGUUACAUAUGACAUGGAAGUUAAAGGUGGUUAUGCUUCAGGGUUGCUAAAAGAGAAUGACAGGUGAGCCUUCCUGUAGUGGAGACAUUCACAUGCUGAAAAUCAGCGUCCUCAGUCCGUUCACCUGGCACUGCUUCCCACACUGAGGAAGCAGAUUAUUCCCAAGGUAAUUUCAACUAGGGAAUUGUAAGCAAGUGGUUUGUGACACAUUUUGUCCCUCAAAACUGAGCCUUUUUAACUGUCCCUGUGAAUAAAAUAUGUUGAUUGAUUAGUGA